AAUGAAUAAGGCGGCGCAGACCCGGGUGUCCGAUCCACGCGCGCUCCGCACCCGGGCCCUCUCCAAGUUGGAAAGGACAAAAAGAAGGCAAUAAACGCUAACGAGGGAGAGAGAGGGAGCCGGAUCGAGCGGCAACUCCCAACCUCUGCUGGAAGAGAGAGGGAGGGAGCCGGAGACCGAGCGCGCGCGAGGGCGAGCCAUGCACGUAAAGAAACUGACACCCGGACCCCCCACUUCUGCUGCACGUUGCUGGCAAUCAGAGCGCGUUUAAGCAAUUUCCUGAGCCCAAGAAUAGCAAUGAGUCGGAAGACUUUCGCAGGCUGAAAUUGGGAGCUCCAAGCACUUUUUCCCCACUUUUUUUUUUUGCUGGAGAAGGAGGGGUGUGUGUAGUGGGGGGCGCUACAAUUUGGAAACAGCUUUUUUUUUUUUUUUUUUUUUUUAUCUUGCACUUUGAAACCGCGGGACUGGAGCAGGGUGCGCGCGUGUGGUUGGUGCCCUUUUUUUUUUUUUUUUUUUUCCCUUACCCUGCCUAAACUCCUCUGUCAGCCUGUAAACAUUACCUGAGAAUUCCCCAGCCGAAACGGCGGCCGGGGCAAGAAACUUCUUGUUAGAACUUCCCACCUCCGGCUUCCCCUCCACCCCUCUUACUGUCCCAACCUUCUAAGACGCUUUUUCUCCUCCCCAGGAGGAUUUAUCUCUCUUUUUUUUUUUCCCCCCUCACCCGGUGCUUUGCAUUUGGGAAGAGGUGAUUUCAAGAGUGGCCAGGUGGGACGCCUCUCUCCCCCCUCCUUCAGUUUAUGUAUUAUUGUUUGGGGGUGUUUUUCGAUUCCUGUUUUGCUCGGUCCGGAGAGUUUCGCCCCCCGCCCUGCCCGGCUCCGCGGCGCGGAGGAUGGUGUGGAAGUGGCUGGGCGCGUUGGUGGUGUUCCCUCUACAGAUGAUCUAUCUGGUGGCGAAAGCAGCCGUCGGACUGGUGUUGCCCGCCAAGCUGCGGGACCUGUCUCGGGAGAACGUCCUCAUCACCGGCGGCGGCAGAGGCAUCGGGCGCCAGCUCGCUCGCGAGUUCGCAGAACGCGGCGCCAGAAAGAUCGUUCUCUGGGGCCGGACUGAGAAAUGCCUGAAGGAGACGACCGAGGAGAUUCGCCAGCUGGGCACCGAGUGCCACUACUUUAUCUGUGACGUGGGCAACCGGGAGGAGGUGUACCAGACGGCCAAAGCCGUCCGGGAGAAGGUGGGUGACAUCACCAUCCUGGUGAACAACGCCGCCGUGGUCCACGGGAAGAGCCUGAUGGACAGCGACGACGACGCCCUCCUGAAAUCCCAGCACAUCAACACCCUGGGCCAGUUCUGGACCACCAAGGCCUUCCUGCCGCGCAUGCUGGAGCUGCAGAAUGGCCACAUCGUGUGUCUCAGCUCCGUGCUGGCCCUGUCGGCCAUCCCUGGUGCCAUCGACUACUGCACCUCCAAAGCCUCGGCCUUCGCCUUCAUGGAGAGCCUGACCCUGGGGCUGCUGGACUGUCCGGGCGUCAGCGCCACCACCGUGCUGCCCUUCCACACCAGCACCGAGAUGUUCCAGGGCAUGAGGGUCAGGUUCCCCAACCUCUUCCCCCCGCUGAAGCCGGAGACGGUGGCCCGGAGGACAGUGGAGGCUGUGCAGCUGAACCAGGCCCUCCUCCUGCUCCCGUGGACCAUGCACGCCCUCGUUAUCUUGAAAAGCAUCCUCCCACAGGCUGCCCUCGAGGAGAUCCACAGAUUCUCAGGAACCUACACCUGUAUGAACACUUUCAAAGGGCGGACAUAAGGGCUGGACACUGACACGCCUGAAAGCCACAGAGCCUGCGGGGGCCACGGCGUCUGGGCACACACCCACGCGCCUACCCCUCGGCCCACUUCUGCUGGGUGAGCAGGACAGCUCCUCUCCUGGGGAAGAAUCCGGCUGCCCCCAGGCCAGCCCCAGGACCUUUGCACAGGACUGAUAGGCAUAACUCGGACCCUCCUUGGGAGGCAAGAAACCAGCCAGCAGUCACCUUGACACUUUUGUACAUUUCUAAUUCUGUAGAGUUUAUUGUUAAAUUGCUUCUCAAGUCUAACCAGCUUCAGCAGUGUGCAAAGAUGAUUUCCGGGCUCCUUCCCCUCCAAAACCCACUCAUCCUCAGCUUCUGCAACCUGGUUGAACGGCAGGAAUGAAAAAUAAAGAAAUGGCUUUUG